CAAACAAAUGGCUUGAGAAUCCUGCUGUAUCGCUGCUCUCCAAGCCUGGUGACCUAAUCCUCAGUGGUAUGGAAACGAGCUCAGGCUUUCUGAGGAAACGACUGUGGGCUUAGUGCUCACUGCCCCCACCGCCCCUUCCCUGGGGUUCGCAGCCGCUCAGCUGUGCCGGCAGGGCCCGGGAGGCGCAUUGGGAGCGAGCCCGUGUCGUGCCUCAGCCGGGAGCUGAGGUCACUGGGACCAUCCCAGCGCCACCGCGCCCGCGCCGCGGGAGCCCUCAGGCAGAGGCGCCGCGUCCCCGCCGCGGAAGGAACGAGGCCGCUCCCUGGGCAUCCAUCCUCGCAGCAUCAUGACUCUCCAGGCUGACUUUGAUGGUGCUGCAGAAGAUGUAAAAAAAUUAAAAACAAGACCAACUGAUGAAGAACUGAAGGAACUAUAUGGAUUCUACAAACAGGCUACCGUUGGAGAUAUUAAUAUUGAAUGUCCAGGAAUGCUAGAUUUGAAAGGCAAAGCCAAAUGGGAGGCAUGGAACCUGAAAAAAGGUUUAUCAAAGGAGGAUGCCAUGAAUGCCUAUAUCUCUAAAGCAAAAGCAAUGGUAGAAAAAUAUGGGAUCUAGAAUAUUCAAGUAAUUCCCACUAAUAAUUAACUCUUCAGUAGCUAAUGAACUAACUCUGUUGAGAACACUGCAAUACUAACUCCUUACUGUGUAGUCUGACUAAUAUCUUUUAAGCAUAAGCUGACUGUAAAGGGUAUUUAUAUACAUACUCUAUUUUUAGAUUGUAUCUUAUUCUAAAUAAAUUUGAACCUAAUAAAUUAA